AGGCUCGGAGCGCGGACUUAGCCAUUUGCGCAGCCCGCUCGUUGUCGGAGCUGGCUUAGAAGAUUCCAUAUAUGUGGCACUUUAACAUCCCCAUCUUCAGGCGGUUGGACAAGGUGGCCGGGCAUGAGAAAGAUGCGGUUGUUGCGCUGGCAAGGACCUGGUGGGGCUUCGCAGAAGGCGUGCCCAAGGUGCUGAAGACGGUGCGAUUGAACGGCAUUGUGCCCAUGGACGGGCGGACAGCCCCGCGCAGCGCUCCGCGCGCGCCGCGGGGACUCCAGCCCCCGGGGCCUGCAAUGGAGGCCCAGGAUAUUGCCACAACGUCAGCACAAAACAACGAGGUGAGCUUCGAGGUGCUGCGCGCGCAGGCGCGGAGUGCGGGCAGCCGCCUGCAGAGCUUCGGCCAGCGGAGCAGCACCGAGGUGGAAGGUGGCUUCGUGCGGCCCGUGAAGCCGCUGGCGAGUUCCUGCAGCAUCUUCCGGAUGAAGCCCCAGCCCAGCCCGCACCGCCCGGUGGUUUUUGUGAGCGAGUGACACGCAGUCGGAGACGACGCUUUUGGCCUUGGAAGAGGAAUUGGGUUGCUCCAAAAAAGAAAAAAAC